UGUUGCAAAGCAGGGCGGACACUUGACUCAGUGGAAAGGAUACUAAGAGUUUUGUGUUUAAACAACAAAAUGAUUACUUUGAGAAAAUCUCACUCUUAGUAAAGUUGAACUGAAAACGUCUCUGGGCUUGCUGUCCAGUGGAGCACUGGAUGGAGCUGUUGUGGACAACCAGAUGAGAAGCUGAUGUUAGGAGAGCUAGGUCAAUGGAGGGCCAGAUAGAAGCAAGGAGGUGUCGUAGUUGAUUGUGAAGUGGAGGUUGGGAAGAGCUGGAAAAGAGAAGCAAGUGACUGAAGGAGGAAGACGAGAAGAGGAAGAGCAUGGGGCUCUCAUCUGUUUGGAUCUUUCUAUUGUGCUUUUCUGUCUUUUAUCCAAGGGCUGCUGCACAAGCUGAAGCUUGCAGGACGGUGGUUCAGGCAGACAUCGUGUUCUUGGUGGAUGAGUCAUGGAGUGUGGGUCAGACCAGCUUUUUCAGAGUCAAAGACUUCAUUUCAGCCAUCAUGUCCUCCUUUCAGGACAACGCAGUGGGAGCUGAGGGGGUUCGCUUUGGAGUCACUCUCUUUGGGGAUGUUCCAAGGAUGUUGGUUGCUUUGACAGACUACAGCUCACUUGAGGAUCUGCUCAGAACUGUUGGAGACCUCCCCUAUGGUGGAGGAUCCAGGAGGACAGGCAGCGCCCUCCGGUUUCUUGUAGAUUCUGUCUUCAGCCCUGCCAUCAGCCGAGAUUUUACACCAAAGAUUGCUGUUUUGCUCACAACCGGGCGCUCUGAUGACCAGGUUGAUAUUGGAGCCAAAGCGGUUGCAGACAGUGGGAUUACACUUUUUGCAGUAGGUGUAGGAGGAGCUGAUGUGUCAGAGCUGAGAAGGAUUGUGUCUGAGCCCUUCGCGGAGCAUCUUUUGCAAUGUGCAGAUUUCUCUCUCCUAAAAACUCUCCUUCCCAAACUGUCCCGGAGGUUAUGUUUCAGUGCUUCUGAACCUCCACGACCUGUGAAAACCACCCAGCCAAGUGACGAGCAUGUGGUGGGUCCCAGAGACCUGCAGGUGAGUGAGUUGGCUCACAGCUCCCUCAGGCUUACAUGGAGCCAAGCUACAGGGGAUGUCACUGGGUAUCGCCUUCUGGUCACACCUCUCAGCUCCAAGGGACAACUCCUACUCAAUCAGCAGAGGCAGCUGGAUUUGAAGGCAGAUGUGAGCACUGCUGUGGUGACGGAGCUCAGUCCAAAGACGGAGUUUUCCCUCACCCUAUAUGCCAUCUACCCAAACCUCAUUGGCAACUCUGAAACAAUCACAACGAAAACAACUUCUUUGCCCAAGGUGUCAAACUUCCGUGUUAUUGAGGAGGGUCUGUUCUCUCUACGCCUUGGUUGGACACCACCUCUUGGAAAGCUCAAUGGAUUUAAGAUCUUUAUACCAAGGUCCAACAGACCAGGACUAACAUAUGAACAGCUGCUUCCUGGAGAUGCCUCUUCUCUUGUGAUUGACAGCCUGGAGGAGGAUAAAAAGUAUACCAUCAGUAUCUAUGCUGUUUACCCUGACGGACCAAGUGAACCAGUGUCAUUAGUGGGAAAAACAUUAAAACUAGUACCAGUUAAACAGUUUCUGGUCCAGAAUGCCACUACAGACACCGUCCAAGCAAGGUGGGCAUCAGUCAAGGGGGCAACAGGUUACCGUCUGACAUGGGCAUCCCCAGAUGGCCACAUAGAGAACAUAAAUCUUGGAGAUACCUUCAAUUUCUACAUGAUCCAGGGCCUGCACUCAGGGUCUGACUACACAUUCACAAUCAACCCCAUCUUUGGAGACAUCGAGGGGCCCGUCACCACCAACAAAGUCAAAACAUUGGAAAGCAGUGCUGUUCAGACUCUGAAGGUAUCCGCAGUAAGCACCAGUUCAGCUGUUGUGUCUUGGAACAGCGUCCCUGGGGCCACAGGAUACAGGCUGGCAUGGGGACCCACCCCAGAAUUUGCUGGUCAGGAUCGUCCAAGGCAGUUGGCUUUGAACAGCAGCACAACAGAGUACAAGUUGAAGAACGUGGCCCAUGAUACAGAAUAUGUCCUGACACUAUACGUGCUGUUUGGGUCUGUUGUUGGGCCUGGAAUCUCUGCAACCUUUAGAACGUCUCCUUUAGGUUAUGUGUCCAACUUUAAAGUGACAUCCUACACAAGUACCUCUAUAGCUGUGGAGUGGAGUCCCAUUGUUGGAGCCACAGAGUACAAACUUUCUUGGUACUCAGAUGAUAGCAAACCACAGUUCCUGUAUCUGGACCGAAGUGUACUGUCCCACCAGAUCAAGGGUCUCAACCCACAGUCCAUUUACACAAUUACCAUCUGUGCAGUGUAUGGCAACUCGGAGGGACCUGAUAUCACCUUGUCUCAACUCACAUCUGCUGUGUCAGAGUCGGAGCCAAUCCAGCCAGUGAGGGAGUUAAAAGUUGUGGACGUUGGGGUCAAUUCCUUCACCCUGUCUUGGAAGAAAACACCAAGAGUUUCAGGAUACAAAAUUUCCUGGAUUCCCUUUCUUGGGGGUAAUGAGAAGUCCCAAGUGGUACCUGCAACUUCCAUUAUGUUCACCAUGGACAACCUUCAGGAGAGCUCGGCUUAUAAGAUCCAGGUUUCUCCUGUAGUUGGCAGCAGAGAGGGAAGUCCGGUCCUGGUCACUGCACGAACUUUGGAUCUUCCAAAAGUAGGGGGAUUUGCUGCCCUGAACACAACUGAGAGCAGCACAGUUCUGAACUGGACACGUGUAGCAGAUGUGUCUGGGUAUCUUCUUUCUUGGAGGCAUAUUUCAGUGUUGGAGACAGAAACUGAAACCCUUGGCCCUGCCUUCUCCUCCUAUAAGAUUAGUGACCUGCAAUAUGGCAGAACAUACAUUUUCUCCAUCAGACCUUUGUAUGGAGAAGUGGAAGGGCCUAUAAGCACCGUAUAUCAGAGAAUCUUAGGGCAGGAUGAUCCUGUGAAACCAGGCCAGUCUGUUCCAGCUACAGUGGCCUCAAACUCCCCUCAUGUUACUGCUGGCCCUCACACUGUCUUUACCAUCAACGCUACCUUUGCUAAACCAGCCACCAAGGACCCUGAGGCCCCCACGGCUGCACCGCCAACUAAAUCCAUAACACCUAAAAAGCCUCCAGUUCAGCCCACUGCCACUGAAGUCAAGGAGGCCGCAUUCACCUCUCUGAAACUAACCACAGCUACCACAAAGCCAACAGCUCCACCACAGCCAGUGUGUUGGAAGACCAAAGCAGACAUAGUCUUCUUGGUGGAUGAGUCGUCAAGCAUUGGUGUUAACAACUUUGCCAAGAUGAAAGACUUCAUAUUCCGAGUGGCCACUUACUUUCCAGUUAUCGGCUCACACGGCACACAGGUAGCUGUGGUUCACUACAGCGAUGAGCCUCGCAUUGAGUUCCGUCUAAGUGACUUCAAAGACAGAAACUCUGUGCUCAGGGCUAUCAGAGGGCUACGCUAUAGAGGAGGCAACACCAAAACAGGAAAAGGUAUUGGCUAUGUUCUGCGGGAACUGUUCAAGGAGUCUUUGGGGAUGAGACAAGAUGUGGCGCACGUUCUGGUACUGAUCACAGAUGGCAGGGCCCAGGAUGAUGUGAUGCCACCUUCCAGGAUUGCACGUGCUUUAGGGGUUAGCAUAUUAGCAGUUGGAGUUUCUAAUGCAGACAUCGAGGAGCUUAAUAAAAUUGCAGCUCCCAGCAGAUAUAAAAAUAUCUUCUACUCGCCAACCUUUGAUGACUUCCCCUCUGUGGAGAGAGAAUUUAUCCAAAGCAUCUGCAGCGAGGAACUUCUCUCUGAAUUCAAACUACAAGAUGAGUUUGCUCAGUUGGACACUCCGACUGAAGACCCAAAGGAGAUAAAUAAGCCUUUAGGUCCCUGUGACUCACAGUGUGUCAAGGGCCAGAAAGGGGAAAAGGGAGAUGGUUUUGGUCUUGGAGGUCUAAGAUUCAGACAAAGCCCUGGACAGUUUGAUCCUUUCAUAUCAUCCAAAGGAGAAAGAGGAGAGAAGGGACCUCCUGGAACAGAUGGUAUUCCUGGGUUGCCAGGACGACCAGGACGCACUGGACCGCCAGGUUCUGCUGGUCAGCGGGGCCUUCCAGGUGUUUCAGGUGAAAUGGGUCCUCAUGGUCUUCCUGGUCCAAAGGGACAGAGAGGAGAGAGAGGGGAGCCUGGCUAUGUUAUAGCUGGCACAGAUGCAAAUUUUGUACCUGGAAGAAAAGGAGAACCUGGAUCUUCAGGCCCGCAGGGACCACCUGGCGUACCGGGAGCAAAUGGAUCACCCGGCCUCCCUGGCCAGCCUGGUCCACAAGGAUCACCAGGAAUAUCUGUAAAGGGAGAUCCUGGAGCGCCGGGAGCCAAAGGUUUACGGGGGAAGCAAGGCAUGAAAGGAGACAAAGGGGAGCCGGGACAAGAUGGUAUUGCAGGUCUUCCUGGUCCCAUUGGAAUAGAUGGUGUACCAGGAUUACCAGGUCAGAAAGGAGAAAAGGGAAAAGAUGGACUCGGUAUACAAGGAGUUCAAGGUCCUCAUGGAGAGAAGGGAGAGAAGGGAAGUAUUGGCCUAACAGGAGCAGAUGGACCAAAGGGUGACCAUGGAGACCAGGGCAUCCAGGGACUAGGUGGACCGCGGGGGAAAAAGGGAUUGAAAGGAGAGAAAGGGGACAAGGGAGGGCAGGGAGAAAAAGGAUCAGAUGGACCACAAGGACCACAAGGACUAACUGGGCCAAUUGGGUUGAAAGGAGAUGAAGGUCUAAGAGGAGCCCCUGGAGAUCCUGCCAAGGGUAUAAUUGGCCCACCUGGAAAAAAGGGUGCCAGGGGAGACAUCGGUCCGGUUGGCCCUACAGGCCCUGAGGGAAUCAAGGGAGAUCAAGGAGAUAAAGGAGAGAAGGGAGGUCCUGGUUUUGGGAUUCCAGGCCUGCCAGGACAAAAGGGGGUAAAUGGUGAGAGGGGAAAUGUAGGUUUAUCAGGAAAACCAGGGCCGAAGGGCAAAGAUGGUGCAAAAGGGGAAAAGGGGAGUGUUGGCUUACCUGGAAAUUCUGGAGAAGCAGGAUUAAGAGGUAAAGAUGGAGCACCUGGAGCAAAGGGAGAACAGGGGAUGAAGGGUGAACCAGGGUCAAUUGAGCCUGGUGAAAGAGGAAUAAGGGGUCCACUGGGAUUACCAGGGCGACCAGGUGACCCUGGUGAAAAAGGCGAACCUGGUCUUCCUGGUACUGAUGGAAAGAAAGGUGAUAAAGGAGAAACGGGGAAACCUGGACCUCCAGGAACGCAAAUUGUUGCAGAGAACAACAUACUGACCAGAGUCAUUAAGGGUGAACCUGGAAAACCGGGUCACCCUGGCUUGAGAGGAGAAGCGGGUCUACCUGGGCCAAUGGGUCCAGAAGGAAAACCUGGAUUACCAGGACAAUCACUGGGUUCUGGAAGAGAUGGACUUGAUGGUGUUCCAGGAAAACCAGGAAUAAAGGGUGACAAAGGGCACAAAGGAGAGCCUAGUCCAAGAGGAGAAAAGGGAGACCAAGGGAUUGCUGGCAUGCCUGGAUUACCAGGAACUCCGGGGAGACCAGGCAUUGAUGGGAAGAGAGGCAUGCCUGGAAAAGAUGGAGAAAAUGGACCCAAAGGAGAGGAUGGAAAAAAGGGAGACAAAGGAGAUCCCGGUGCCAGCGGAAACGAUGGGAGUAAAGGGGAGCCAGGACCUCCAGGUUUGCCUGGCAGGCAGGUGCUCGUCACUCCUGAGGGCGCCACAAUUGAUGAAAUCCGGCAGGCAUUUCCAAUACCUAUGGGUCCACCAGGAGCUACUGGUGCACCAGGAAUGACGGGUGAAAAAGGAGAACGAGGCCUGAAAGGGGAUAAGGGUGAUGCUGGAGCUCCUGGAAAGACUCUGGAGAUGAAGGACAUUGAAGGAAUGUUUGAAAACUAUGGAAUAAGGCUGCCUCUGUUGAAGGCUUUGAUUGAAAGGCUGCUGCAGGAUGGUAUAGAGGAGCUGCUUCAUGUGCUCACUGCCUCCAAGAAAAAAGAAAAAACAGAUAUCCACACAUCUAAUGUCAUCACUGAGUACACAAGUUCCUUGAAAUUUGACCUCACCAGCCAACCACUGUCAGAAUUGGACAUUGAGGACAAAGAUUUAGAGGGCCAGGAUCGGGAUCCUUUAUCAUCUGAUCCUUUGACUGAAACUCUGGAGGGUCCAACGUUAUGGACCAUGACUGCGGUGGAUGGAGAAAAGAAACUUAGCCGUAUUGAGACCAAAUUAAAAGGAUCCAAAGGGACAGGGGAAGAAGACUGGGAUGGGGAGACGGUGUCUUCACUCAAAAUGAAUGAGACUCUGGUCAAUUCUACUUUGCACUAUACCACUGUUAAGAAGACAGUCUCAGGGUUACCUGAAUCUGUACUGGAGACUGUUCUCCUUACUCAGGAUGACCCACUGAAGAACAACUCUGCACCAAAGAAGAAGAACAGGGAACAUGGGAAAGGCAAAGGAAAUAAAGGACGACAUAAGAGGCAGAGACAUCGCCUGAUGAGUAAUGAGUAUAAGCAAAAAGAAGAAGAAAAACAGGAGUUUUAUGGCGGUGAAGAAUACAGUUAUAAAUAUGAGGAAGAGCAUUUCCCAGAUGAACCCACGUUCUCUCAGGAGAGGACAGAGAAGAGAAGGGAAGAACAGUUACCUAGACAAAGUCCUGACCAGUUUGAAACCUCCAGUCGUCCUCUAGCCACAGACGGCGAAAUGGAUGCACAGAUUAUCACCACAACCAAAGCACCUCCUUCUCCAUCUGUGGAUAAUGUAGAUAAGGAUGAGGUGACACUGCCUACUCCUCCGGUAGCAACAGGAGAACCAGAUGAGGCGCCUCGACCUCUAACCAGGGUGAAAAGAGACACCUACUUGCAUGACACAAUGGUAUUUAUGCCAGGUGCUCCAGGUGGAAGAAGUCGGAUUAAGGAAAUGCAAAAACAUCUGUACUCUGGAGCACAAGGUUACAACAGCUGGAGAAGACCAAAGCUCAACAAACUCCGUGCUCAAGCAUAUGUCAGUAGGGAGAAGCAAGAAAGAAGAGAUAAACAGAUUAACAGUGAUGCAAAUGGAGAGAUACUGUUUGGAGCAGAUGAUCUGACUGAAGAAGCAUCACUAGCAGAACCAGGUGGAUACCCAGGAAAAGACUCUGAGUCAGUCUACGAGGAAGGGGAGGAGAGGAGUGGCGACUACGACUGGGAGACAGAGGAAGAUGUAGAUCGGGAGAGGGAUAAUGAGGAGGAAGAGGAGUUGGAGAGGCAGAGAGAGAGGGAGAGGCUGGAAAUGGAGAGGGAAAGAGAGGAGCUGGAGAAGGAGAAAGAGGCCAAACAUGAGAUGGAGAGGGAGAAAAAUAUGGAAGAGGAGACGACAGAGCAGGAAGUAGAGGCAGACCUGGAGAGGGAGGAGUGGGAAAGGCAAAGGGUGGAGAUGGAAAGGGAAAGAGGGGGGGGUUACAGUGAAGAAACUGGACAACCAUACCCAUAUCCUCCUGAGUACUUUUUUCUGAAGGGGCAGCAAGGUGAGAACGGAAAGCCGGGACCAAAGGGUGAAAUUGGUGAAAAAGGACAAAAGGGUGAGCCAGGCAUUGGACAUAGAGGGCCAGAGGGCCAAGCUGGUCCUCCAGGUCAAAAGGGUGAGCCAGGUGAGCCAGGACCUCCAGGUGCACAGGGCAUCCAGGGUAUUCAUGGAAAUGCAGGAAUACAAGGAUCCCCAGGACUCAAGGGUCCUCCAGGGGACCCAGGAGAGCCAGGCAGAGAGGGUGAACGGGGUAAACGAGGGAAGAAUGGAUCAUCUGGACCCUCAGGACCUAGAGGUGCACCAGGACCUGAUGGUCUCCCUGGAGUAACUGGUGCCAAAGGAGAAAAGGGUGACAGUAUUCCAGGUCAGCCUGGUGCCAGAGGGUUACCUGGUCCACCAGGGAGACAGGGUGAAAAGGGCAAUUCAGGUGUUAAAGGAACUACUGGUCAUAUUGGUCCAAAGGGCUUGCAUGGCAGCAAAGGAGAAAAGGGAGAUCGUGGGUUACCUGGAGUCAGAGGAGAAAGAGGGAGUGUGCUUCAGAUUCAAGGACCUCGUGGUUUCAAGGGCUCCAAAGGGGAUGCGGGGGAGAGAGGUCUGCCAGGUUUUGAUGGGGAUAAAGGGGAGAAGGGUGAAGAUGGUCCUCCAGGAGUAAAGGGCCUUAAAGGGGAUGCAGGCACUAAAGGUGCACUGGGAAGAUUUGGAGCACGAGGACCGGUAGGCCAGAAAGGGGAACCUGGAGAGCCGGGGUUGAAUGGAGUAAUGGGGCGCAAUGGAGAGCAUGGAAAGGAUGGGGACAAAGGGGACAAAGGAGAUGUUGGUCUUCAAGGGAUGAAGGGCAAUCAGGGCGAUGCGGGAAAACCUGGUUUACCUGGAGAAAGGGGGGAAAGGGGAGAAAAGGGUUUCAGAGGUUUCUCUGGGCGCACUGGUAAUCCUGGCUUAGACGGUGAGAAGGGAGAUCCAGGUGUACCUGGCAGUGCAGGUUUACCAGGACUUAAUGGACUCACGGGGCGCAAGGGUGAUCAAGGAGAAGGUGGGACCAAUGGUGGUGACGGUGAUCCAGGAGAAAAAGGGGAUAAGGGUGCUGCGGGUUUCCCAGGGUUUCCAGGCUUCAAGGGGUCAUUCGGAACUCCAGGAAGAGAUGGAGAUGAAGGACCACCAGGACCCCCAGGUCCUCGUGGGGACACGGGGCCUAAGGGUGAGAGGGGCAGGAGAGGCAAAUCGAAGCCAUGUCAGAGGGGGGUCCCAGGAACCCAAGGACUACGAGGAGAAACUGGUACAGAGGGUAUGGAAGGAGCAAAAGGGGAAAAGGGAGAGCCUGGACUAUCAGCUGAAGAAGUGAAGGAGCUCGUCAACCAGGAGGUGUUAGAAAAGUGUGGGCUGGAAUACAAAUUCAUGGUGAAGUCUGUGGAUCCAGAUGCAUCAUAUAUUGCUGGGACCAAAACUACCAGUAAGCUAAAAGACUUAGCAAUAGCCAUCCCGACUGCUAAUGAACAUCAAGAAGAACGGAUGCAACAUAAUAUUCAAAAAGAAGAAUCUAACACCAACAUGAAAAAAAUGACAAGUCCUUCUCCCCUGAAUCUUGAAGAAGCUAGGACCUCACUAAACCACACUGAUUCCCAUAAGGGAUGGGCUGUGAAGUCAAGAGAGAGGAAGAGGAGGGUAUCUGGUACUAUAGAUGCUGGGCUUUCAGUGACAGAUCGCUGUUUGCUGCCAAUGUCAGAAGGAGCUUGUUCGGACUAUGCUCUGGUGUGGUAUUUCCAUGACCGGUCAGGGGAAUGCAGGCCUUUUGUAUACGGCGGCUGUGGUGGCAACCAAAACCGAUUCACAUCUAGACAGGAGUGCAAGAGUCUAUGUGGGAUGAAGGGUAGAGCUACGUAAAUUCAGUCAAAUCUGAUGGAGGAUCUACCUUCAGACAGCUGAUGCAGUGACGACAAUUCAGCUUUGACAAGGUGUCAGUCCAUCAGUGUGGUUUUACUGUAGAUACUGUUUUUUUUUUCUGCAUUUCUUUUAUUUAUAACUUUUGUGUUGUUUCGCGGCUUUUACCUGUGGCCUGAAUAAAGAUUUUUUUUAUGUGAGCAACAGUAUGUUAAAGUCUGUACUUUUUCUUUACUCAUGUCAUUUGUUUUAUGGGUGAAACUGGCAUUCAUUGAGCUUUUUAAUGUGAUUUUAAUUAAUGCUACUGAAAAAAUAAAACUGCUUUUAUGUUUGUGAUUUUACA